AUUUUUUUCAUUUAGUAUCAUUUUUGUAUCGACUAAAGUUACAUAUAUACACGUUCAUCGAGAAUAUUCAAGAAACAAGUGAAUAAUGUUGCACAUCAAAUUUGUUCUAUUUAUUAUAGUUGCUAACUGUUAUGUUUCCUGUACAAUGUUAAAAAAUCAUACAUUUAAUGAAUUGACAUUAAUUGAAUUAAAUGAAUCCUGCACGAAAAAUAAUCAAUCCUACAAAAACAUGCAGACAUCAUUGCUUCCAAUUUGGAAUAAUCUCUUAAAUAAUACAACAAGACAUUGCUCUGGGCAAGAAAUUGAAAACUUAAUUAGACAAUUAAUUAAUGAAACAAUGAAAUGUUUUGAGAUAAAUGAACAUUUAUCGGAAACUAAUAAUAUUGUUGCAGAAAUUAAAAAGAAAAUAUGUGCUUAUUAUAAAAUUGGUAACUUUAAAGUAAAAUAUAGUGACUGCAUUAUAUUCGCAACUGUACAGGAGUGCAUAAGCAAUCAAAAUAUCAAAAUAAACGAUUACUUUUUCUCCUUAGCGAUGACUCAUACGAAAAGCGAAUGCGAACAAUUGAUGGAUAUUAUGGCAUGCACAAGAGAUGGUAUGACAGCCGGUUGUGGUCCCAGUAUUGCAGAUAAAUAUAAAAUUAUAAUGAAAGAAUUUAAGGAUUCUUUGAGGUGUGAGAAGUAAUAUAUUUUUUCUGAAUUUUAAUUUUUGUAAUAUAAGGUACAUCGGCAUUUAAAAAGAUUUUUUAAUUUUAUUAAUAUAUGUUUUUAACAUUGUUUACUUUUUGUUUAAGC